CCUGUCAUUAGGAGGCGGGCGGGCGGGCGGGCGGCGCGGCUGUGUGUUAGUAGCGGCUCUCGCUCGGGCAACUAUGUCUGCGCUGCUGCUGCUCUGGCUGCCCUUCUCCUUUGCGCCUGGGGAAGCUGCGCCUUGAAUCGCGAGGGAUCCCAGGGGCACAGAGGAAGGUCGUAGAAUUUCCCAGAAAAAAUCUUUUGGCUGCUGAUAUUCUGCUGAACUUCCGGACCAAAAGGGGCCAGGUUCAAAUCCCGGGAGCGGAAUGAGCGCCCGCUGUUAGCCCCAGCUCCUGCCAACCUAGCAGUUCGAAAACAUGCAAAUGUCUUGGUUCACUCCUGACAUACUCACCAUUGCUGCUGAUCAAAAACCAAGGAGCAGCUAUGUCAAAAUACUUCAGAGAUGGAAAUCCUGUAUGAAUGUGGAAGCCAUUAGCAGAGUAAUUGCUGUCUGUUACCAUGACAACCAGCCGCUGCAGUCACCUGCCCGAAGUCUUACCAGACUGCACCAGCUCCUCCGCGGCUCCGGCAACAGUGAAGACCGUGGAGGACUGUAGCAGCCUUGUGAAUGGACAGCCGCAGUAUGUCAUGCAAGUUUCGGCCAAGGACGGGCAGCUGCUGUCAACGGUAGUGCGGACCCUGGCCACACAGAGUCCUUUCAAUGACCGGCCCAUGUGCAGGAUUUGCCACGAAGGCAGCAGUCAAGAAGACUUGCUUUCUCCCUGUGAAUGUACAGGAACCCUGGGGACUAUUCAUCGCAGCUGCCUGGAGCACUGGCUGUCGUCUUCAAAUACCACUUACUGUGAACUCUGCCACUUCAGGUUUGCAGUAGAGCGCAAACCGAGGCCGUUGGUUGAGUGGCUAAGAAAUCCUGGACCGCAGCACGAGAAACGGACUCUGUUUGGGGACAUGGUGUGCUUCUUGUUUAUAACUCCAUUGGCUACCAUCUCUGGCUGGUUGUGUCUGCGGGGAGCAGUGGACCACCUGCACUUUAGUAGUAGGCUAGAAGCCGUCGGCCUCAUUGCACUCACUGUCGCACUCUUCACAAUUUACCUCUUUUGGACACUAGUAUCAUUUAGGUACCACUGUAGAUUAUACAACGAAUGGCGUCGGACCAAUCAAAGAGUGAUCCUCCUCAUCCCAAAGUCUGUCAGCAUCCCUUCAAACCAGCAAUCCUUGCUGGGCCUCCAUUCAGUCAAAAGGAACUCAAAAGAGACAAUCGUUUAAUGGUGAUAAUCCUGCCCUGUGGCCACGAACGGCAUGUGGGUCCUGAUUCCAUCUCAAACCUGUUAGUGUCAUAUUUGGAAAGAGAGACUUUUUGCAGAGAAGAUGUGACUGUUGCAAUUGAAAUCAUGGAUGCUGCAAUCAUAUGAUAUUUGCUAAGCUGCCAAACAUGUUUAAAAAUUAGCAGAUACUGUAUGAAAUCCUCUAAUACCAUGGUAAUAGCUGCAUCACCAGAGAUGCAACCCUUUUUUAUUGUUGUUUAAAAAGUAUUAAACUAUGAUGACAAACAAUGCAAAA